AAGAAUAUAGAUAUGAGGAACCAUACUACAGUCACUGAAUUUAUUCUACUAGGAUUCCGAGACCAUCCAGAACUACAGUGGAUUCUUUUUGUGGUAUUUUUAGUUAUCUAUAUGAUCACUUUCUUUGGAAAUCUUGGCAUGAUUCUAUUAAUCAAGAUUGACUCACAUCUCCACACUCCAAUGUACUUCUUCCUCAGCAACCUGUCCCUCGUUGACUUCUGUUAUUCUUCUGUCAUUGUCCCUAAUAUGUUGGUGAAUUUUUGGGUAGAGAAUCCAGUUAUUUCAUUUAAUGGAUGUGCCACACAGUUCUUCUUUUUUGGUUCCUUUGCUGGCAUCGAGGGUUUUCUGUUAGCUGUUAUGGCCUAUGACCGAUAUGUGGCCGUCUGCAAACCUCUCCUUUAUACAGUUACAAUGUCCCCCCAGCUCAAUGUCUUCCUAGUGUUGGCCACCUACCUUGCAGGAUUUGUGAAUGCUGCCAUUCAUACUGGCCUCACCUUCCAACUGUCUUUCUGCCGCUCAAAUAUUAUCAACCACUUCUUCUGUGACACUCCGCCUCUCCUGAAACUCUCCUGCACUGACACACAUAUCAAUGAAAUCAUCAUUUUUGCUUUUGCCAGUUUCAAUGAACUGAGUUGCCUCCUGACCAUUCUCAUUUCUUAUCUCUACAUCCUGAUGGCCAUCUUGAGGAUCCGUUCCGCCGAGGGGAGGCUCAAAGCAUUCUCCACCUGUGCUUCUCACUUGAUGGCUGUCACCAUCUUCUUUGGCACUAUCCUAUUCAUGUAUCUGCGCCCCAGCUCCAGCUACUCCAUGGACCAAGACAAAGUGGUGUCUGUAUUUUAUACGGUGGUCAUCCCCAUGUUAAACCCUCUCAUCUAUAGUCUGCGAAAUAAGGAGGUCAAAGCCUCUGCGCGUAAACUUUUUCAAAAAACUUCUCUUUGA